UGGCGGAAAGGAAAGUCCAGCGGCAACAUGCAGAGCUGGAGUCGUGUGUACUGUUCGUUGGCUAAGAGAGGCCAUUUCAAUAGAAUAUCUCAUGGUCUGCAAGGAGUUUCUGCAGUGCCACUGAGAACUUAUGCAGAUCAACCAAUUGAUGCUGAUGUAACAGUGAUAGGUUCUGGUCCUGGAGGAUAUGUUGCUGCUAUUAAAGCUGCCCAGUUAGGCUUCAAGGCAGUCUGCGUUGAGAAAAAUGAAACACUCGGUGGAACAUGCUUGAACGUUGGUUGUAUUCCUUCUAAGGCUUUAUUGAAUAACUCUCAUUAUUACCAUAUGGCCCAUGGAAAAGAUUUUGCAUCUAGAGGAAUUUGAAAAUUUAUUUAACAAAUUACAGUGUCUGAAGUUCGCUUGAAUUUAGAGAAGAUGAUGGAGCAGAAGAGUAAUGCAGUAAAAGCUUUAACGGGUGGAAUUGCCCACUUAUUCAAACAGAAUAAGGUUGCUCAUGUAAAUGGAUAUGGAAAGAUAACUGGGAAAAAUCAGGUCACCGCUACGAAAGCCGAUGGCAACACUCAAGUUAUUGAUACAAAGAACAUUCUUAUAGCCACAGGUUCAGAAGUCACUCCUUUUCCUGGAAUUACGAUUGAUGAAGAUACAGUAGUGUCAUCUACAGGUGCUUUGUCUUUAAAAAAAGUUCCAGAAAAGAUGGUUGUCAUUGGUGCAGGAGUAAUAGGUGUAGAAAUGGGCUCAGUUUGGCAAAGACUUGGUGCAGACGUGACAGCAGUUGAGUUUUUGGGUCAUGUUGGUGGAAUUGGAAUUGAUAUGGAGAUAUCUAAAAACUUUCAACGCAUCCUUCAAAAACAAGGAUUUAAAUUUAAAUUGAAUACUAAAGUUACUGGUGCUACUAAGAAGUCAGAUGGAAAAAUUGAUGUUUCUGUUGAAGCUGCUUCUGGUGGUAAAGCUGAAGUUAUCACUUGUGAUGUACUCCUGGUUUGCAUUGGCCGACGACCCUUUACUAAGAAUUUGGGACUAGAGGAGCUUGGAAUUGAGCUGGAUCCUAGAGGUAGAAUUCCUGUAAAUACCAGAUUCCAAACUAAAAUUCCAAAUAUCUAUGCAAUCGGCGAUGUGGUUGCUGGUCCAAUGCUGGCUCACAAAGCAGAGGAUGAAGGCAUUAUCUGUGUUGAAGGGAUGGCUGGUGGCGCUGUGCAUAUUGACUACAAUUGUGUACCGUCGGUGAUUUACACACACCCUGAAGUUGCUUGGGUUGGCAGAUCAGAAGAGCAGUUGAAAGAAGAGGGUAUUGAGUACAAAGUUGGGAAAUUCCCAUUUGCUGCUAACAGCAGAGCUAAGACAAAUGCUGACACAGAUGGCAUGGUGAAGAUACUUGGGCAGAAAUCAACAGACAGAGUAUUGGGAGCACAUAUUCUAGGACCAGGUGCUGGUGAAAUGAUAAAUGAAGCUGCUCUUGCGCUGGAAUAUGGAGCAUCCUGUGAAGAUAUAGCUAGAGUCUGUCAUGCACAUCCGACCUUAUCAGAAGCUUUUAGAGAAGCAAACCUGGCUGCAUCAUUUGGCAAAUCGAUCAACUUUUAAAUUAGAAGAUUAUAUUUUUCUGAAAUUUCCUGGGAGCUUUUAUAGAGGUAACAUUUCUGAACAGGAAGUGCUCACAGCUCCAAGAAUUUCUAGGACUGAAUUACGAAACUUUUGGAAGGUAUUUAAUAGGUUUGGACAGAAUGGAAUAAUCUCAUCUAUAUUUUAAAUAAAUUUAAUAUUUUAUUUCACUGCAUUAAUACUGCAGAAAAAAAGCUACUUAUAGUAGCAUCCUGGAAAAUUUUCUUCAACCCAUAUUUUCAUGCUGUUUAUGAAAGGCUCAACUUCACUGAAUUUAUGCUAAGUAGCUUUUAUCUCUGAUACAGGAUUUACUUACAUGGAUGGAGCUGGACUAUGGUAUGUGAACAGCUGUGUUUGAAACAAGGUGAUCAAGUUAUUUUAAACUUGGUUUUCACAUUGGAAACAGUCAUUAGAAUAAGUUAAACAUGUAUAAACUGAACUGAUGUAAAUAAAAAAUGAUGGUCUAUCAGUUAUUUUAAUCCCCAAAGUCUUGGCAGUUAGAGGUAGAAUUUGUGUUUAGAUUUUUAAGGUUCUAGUGAGGUCUACAGUCUGAAGUAUAGUUAUAUAGUUGACCAAAGUAAGGCAGUAUAUAUACGAAAUUCAUAUAUUAAGUGGAGAAGCAAUGUAUUACAGUGGGAAAUUAAGAUAUGGAAAUAAACAUGUCUUAAAUAUUCAUUUACUGGUUAUUCUGAGUGGAUGUCAAGAUGGUCCUAGAUUUUUUAUGACUACCUCUACCAUACAUUCUUAUUUAUUACUCUUUAUUAUUGCUUUUAUAGGCCUGGAUAGAUCUUUUUUUCCCUCACUGUAGGACAAUAUUAAGGUAUUUAAAAGGUCAUUAUCCUUUCAUCUGUUUCAGUGAUACCUACUAAAUGUUAAACAUUUAUUUUUGGAGAAACAACAUAAGGGAAUCUUUAAUCUGUUGUCUUUUCUUAAGUGGAUUGCCAGUGUAUCCUGGCUGGGUAAAAUCGACUAUUUCUUUGAAGAGUGCUAUAAAAUUAUAUUUAUUGAUAAAUAUUUAAAAUGGCUGUUUCUUAAAACACUUAAAUAACAAAGUGUUGAAUACUAAGUAGACUUUAUUAUAACUAAAUUUAAGAAUCAUUUCAGAUUCAUUCAUCAUAUUUGAUAUAGCAUAAAUUUCUAAAGAAAGUAAAUUAUCUUAAGGAACUGAAAUAUGCAAACCAGAUAUUCACUUGAUUGCAAUAUAAAGGUUAUAUACCAUCUUAAGGAAAGUUUGGAGAAUGUAAUUUAUGAGCAGAAAGCUGUAUGGAAUAAGAAAUCAUCAGUUGAUCCAUAGAUAAAAGGAAAAUGUUUAGUAGGCUUCAGGUUUUUAUUGAUUUAUAUAUAGGUCACAUUUUCCUUUUACUUCACAUGUCCAGUGCUCUUGAUUUGUAUUAUGGUCAUUAUAAAUGGAUACAUUGUAAAGACUGGAUUCUGUUACAUACCUCUGAAAAAUUGAAUUUUUUAGUGGGCAGUUAA